AUGACCAAAAAGUCCUCAAUUUACCGUUUAAAAAAUGCUGUUCAAAAUUAUGAAUGGGGUAAGAUUGGUUCUGAUAGUAAAGUAGCACAAUUUGCUAAAGUCCAAGAUGGAUUUAUACUUGAAAAUGAUAAACCUUAUGCUGAGCUUUGGAUGGGUACUCAUCCCAAUGGACCAAGUUCAGCAAUUAUGGAUCAAAAAAAAAUAAUGCCUCUCAAAGAUUUGAUAAAAUCAAAUCAAGACUUAAUCACAAAAGAGAUUGCUGAUAAAUAUAAUCAAGAUUUACCAUUUCUAUUUAAGGUUUUAUCAGUAAAUAAAGCUCUUUCUAUUCAAGCUCAUCCUGAUAAAGAACUUGGAAGAAUAUUAUUUGAAAAAUAUCCAAAUAGAUAUAAAGAUCCAAAUCAUAAGCCUGAAUUAGCAAUCGCUAUUACUGAAUUUGAAGCUUUGUGCGGAUUUAGACCAUUACAAGAAAUAUUAAAUUUUCUUGAUAGAUAUGAAGAAUUCAGUGACCUUAUUGGAGAAGAGUUGGUAGAGGAAUUUAGAAAAGCAGAAAGAGCUUCUGAAAUUUCUAAUGAUGAGGAAACAUUAAAAAAAAGUAAAUCUUCAUUAAAAAAAAUAUUUACCAAAGUAAUGAAAACAGAUCCAAAUAUUGUAAAAGAAAAGGUUGACAGUCUAAUUUCAAAAUUGAAAUCAAAUAACAUCAAGUAUAAAGUGGGAAGUUCAGAUGAAUUAUUAAUUAGAUUGAAUGAGCAAUUUCCUGGAGAUAUUGGAAUUUUUUGUGUAUUCAUGUUGAACUAUAUACAAUUAAAACCUGGCCAAGCAAUUUUUCUAGGAGCUAAUGAACCUCAUGCCUAUUUAUCAGGAGAUAUUAUAGAAUGUAUGGCAGCAAGUGACAAUGUUGUUCGUGCAGGAUUGACACCAAAAUUUAAAGAUGUUGAAGUUCUUGUUGAUAUGCUAACUUACCGUUUUGGUACUGCAGAAUCUCAAAUUCUUCCUUACACACAUUAUAACAAAUCAGCCACUUCUCUUUUGUAUGAUCCACCAAUAGAAGAAUUUUCCAUUAUUUUAACAAAGUUAGGAGGUGAAACCCAUAAAAGAGAAAAUUUUGACAGUGUAAAUGGUCCUAGUAUAAUUAUUGUUACCGAAGGGAAAGGUACUUUGAAUGUAAGCGAUGGUGAUAAUGCUCAAACUGAAUUAUUAGAGCCUGGUGACAUUUUCUUUAUAGGCGCCUCUACACCAGUUGCAAUUGAGACAAAGGAAAAUAAUAAAUUUACAUUGUAUCGUGCAUUUUCAGAAAACAUAGAAAUUGUAUCACAAAAGAUAUUAGAUGUUUGUAAAGGAGAUAAAAUUCCAUCUAAACAUGCCUCUAAAUGGUAUCAUCCUCCAAAAUACUCUUAUCGAAGUUUAACACCAAUUUCCGAUGAUGACUAUUUUUUUUUUGGCGACCUGAAAAAUUUUAUCAUCACUAUGUACCUAUCAUUCCUUGUAUCAUUGACAGUUGCAAUGGGAAGGCUAAAUCAAAAGGGUAGGAUAAAAUUAAUAAUAAAUCUAAAACUUUUGUAUUUACGUGGAACUUCAUCAUUGGAACAAGUAAAUAAAGCUUUUGCAACUCCUUUUAGACGUACUGUAUGUGGACCUCGUAUGGCUAAUGCAUUGUUGAAGAUAACUGUCUAUCAAAGAAAC